AGAAGACUCCGAUUCUCUUAUAAAUUCGUCGUAUUUGCAGGAAAUACCGCAAAACGAGAAGAGAUGUCGAGUGGGCGUGAGAAACGAAGAAUCUUAUCCUCCUUCUUCCUUGCUUUGAUAUUCUCUUUCUUAGGUGGACGGACGGCGGAUGCUCAGGUCGCAAUCCCGCCCAGGUACGAUGGCUUCCUGUACAAAGGCCACUAUCCUGGACCGGACUCCAUCAUCAUCGAUGCCUUCUUCGACCCUGUCUGCCCCGAUAGCAGGGACUCUUGGCCCCCUUUGAAGGAGGCCCUCAAGCACUACUCCCAUCGGGUCUCUCUCUUCGUCCACCCCUUCCCACUACCUUACCAUGACAAUGCAUAUGUUACUUGUCGUGCAUUGCAUAUUGCUAAUAAGCUGAAUGCAUCUACUACAUACCCAUUGUUGGAGCUGUUCUUCAAGCAUCAGGAGAAAUACUACAACAAACCAACCCAUACAAAGUCCAGAGCCUUGGUUGUUGACCAUGUAGUGAAGCUAAUGUUGAAGGUUGUUGGGAAUUCAUCUUUAUCUGCGGUUGAAUCAGCCUUCGAAGACAGACAAACUGAUCUGACAACCAGGAUUUCCUUCAAGUAUGGAUGCUCAAGAGGUGUGACAGGGACACCUUUUUUCUUCGUCAACGGAUUUCCAUUGCCUGAUUCUGGAUCGGCUCUUGACUACAACAAGUGGAGAAGCAUCAUCGAUCCGCUGUUGGGUGAACACAAAGGAAAGAAGGAAGAUACUUUGCAUUUCUUCUUAUGAAUGAACAUCCCAUUAAGUAAAUUAAGGAUUAGAUUUGAAACACGGAAAUAGCUACAUAUCUUGCUACUAUUGUCGACUUUCUAAUUUUCAAACAAAAAAUAAAAAUAAAUAAAUGCAUGUUUGUUAA